AUGGUGUACACUUCGUUGACUGAGGUACCUCGCAACCUCAAGGAGGGAGUUGACUGGUUGAUCGCGCUGAAGGGGACUGAUGCUAAAAACAACUUGAAGGCUAUGGGCGCCGCGCUUUUCAAUUUCCUCGCAGGAACACCUGUGGGGUACACUGAGGUGCCAGCUCUCGAGAAUAUUAAACUUAUUACUAAGGAGUUCAUGGAGAUACCGGCACUUAAAUAUCUGUGGCCUGCACGAGCGAUGCUAAGGAAAUUCAAUGAUCCUAAGUACAAAGAGUGCGGUGUACUCGCCAGGUGGUUUGCAGAUGUCCAGAAAAGUGACUAUACUAACGUCGUAGAUGCUGGGCAUCUUACCGCUGAACCGAUGGCAGAGAACUUAGGUAAAGUUGUGGAUGGUUGUGAGAGGUUCCUGGAAAGCAUCAAAAUACCUGACCAAUACAAAUCUGCUUACAGUCCAGAAGCGACGUGGGAGGCAUCAUGUGCGAAGGACCCCGAAGCUUGUGCGGUGAUUCUCGUAGGGAUUGCACCAAUGUUGUACACAGGUCUACGUUCUCUGAACGUCGCGAGCGAAGCUGAAAGCUAUCGCCGCCAGAUAUGGCUGCAGUCACCGAUUAGUUUGACAGAUGUAGUGAAAGCUGUAGGUUACAAAGACCCAGGGUGCCGCGAUGACCUGAGUGACUCAGAUAUUCUCAAGGCGUUGAAAGGUGUGAGUUAUCAAACGUUGGUCACGCUCUACGACCUCUCUGGAUUCUGGGCUUUCUAUGGAUUGGAUAAGGCAGGAGCCAAAAGAGCUGCAGCAGCUCUCAGCGGUUCCUCUGCCAAUGGUCAGAAAUAA